AACGAGGGCAAGAAAAAGGCGUGAACAGUACGCACAUGGAACAUUUUAGCAAGUAGCAACCAUCACAUCCCAACGUUAAUACUUAAACCGCGUUAUCGGGAUUCAAAACCCCGAACGCCACUCUCUCUCCUUCUCCGGCGAAGAUUCCCGUUUCCAAAACCGAUAUCAAAAUACAAGCCACCGCCGAUCGGGCAUGCCGUUGCCGGGAACGACAAUGCACGCGAAGUCAGACUCGGAAGUGACGAGUCUAGACGCGGCGUCCUCGCCGCCGCGGUCCCCCCGGCGGCCGCUAUACUACGUGCAGAGCCCGUCGCAGCACGACGUCGAGAAGAUGUCGUACGGGUGGAGCCCCGUCGGGUCCCCCGCCCACCAGUACAACUACAGCGGCGGCACCGCCACCGGCCAGUUCAACCUCUACCGCAGCUCCCCCGUCCACCACUCCCGCGAGUCCUCCACCUCCCGAUUUUCUGCCUCCCUCAAGAACCAUCGUAUCUCCGCCCCCUGGAAAAAGCUCCCACGCGGCACCGAGGGCGAAGACGCGGACGACGACGACGACGAUGAUCUGAGCUCCGGUCACUCCGCCAGAUUCUACGUCGUCUGCUUCGUUCUCUCCUUCGUCGUCCUCUUCACGGCGUUCUCGUUGAUUCUCUGGGCCGCUAGCACGCCGUACGAGCCCAAGGUCGUCGUCAAGAACAUAGUGUUCGAGAAGUUGAAUAUACAGGCGGGGACGGACGAUACUGGAGUGGCGACGGAUAUGCUGACUCUGAAUUCGACGGUGAGGAUUUGGUACCGAAAUCCGGCGACGUUUUUCGGAGUUCAUGUCACCUCCACUCCUCUUGAGCUUUUCUAUUACCAGCUCAAGGUUGCUUCUGGUCAGGUGAAGAAGUUCUACCAGUCGAGGAAGAGCCAGCGGACGGUGGUGGCGAUGGUGGUGGGGAGUCAGGUGCCGCUCUACGGCGGCAUCUCGGUGCUCGGCACCGUCCAGGACCGUAUUGAGCGGAUGGUGGUGCCGCUCAAUCUGACCUUUGUGAUAAGGUCCAGGGCCUACGUGUUGGGCCGACUGGUGGAGCCCAAAUUCUAUAAGAGGAUUAGAUGCCCAAUCACUUUGAGAGGAAAUGGCCUCGGCAAGCCCAACAAUUUGACGCAUUCCUGUUUUUAUGAUUGAAGCCCAUAUGCAUUUGCCCGGCCCAAAUGGUAAAUACGUAAAAAAAAAAAUAAUUUGCCCACGGGGAGACCUUUGUACUUGUAAUGCUAAUUUGUUUGUGUACACUUGGAAAACAUUAUUAUCUUUUUUGUGCAAAGAAGAACUUAUUUAUUUAUUUAUUGCA